AUGGCACAAGUUAUAACCAAUUCAGGUCAUGAUGAUAUGAUUCAUGAUGCAGCUUUAGAUUAUUAUGGUCGCAGACUUGCCACAUGUUCGUCAGAUCGCACUGUUAAGAUCUUUGAAAUCGAAGGAGAAACACAUCGUCUUACAGAAACACUGAAAGGUCACGAAGGAGCCAUCUGGUCCAUCUCCUGGGCCCAUCCCAAAUACGGCAACAUACUUGCUUCCGCAGGCUACGACGGUAAAGUCCUCAUCUAUCGCGAAACCUCCUCAGUCUGGACCAAAAUCUAUGAUUUCGCCCUCCACACCGCUUCCGUCAAUUCUCUCUCCUGGUGUCCUCACGAAUCCGGUUGUCUCCUCGCAUGCGCUUCCUCUGAUGGAAAUGUCUCGGUUCUAGAAUUCAAAGAUAAUUCUAUGGAUCAUAAGAUUUUCCAUGCGCAUGGUAUUGGUGUUAAUAGUGUUUCUUGGGCACCGUCGUCGCAACCGGGUAGUUUGGUGAGCGCGAGUGCGGGGGGGAAGGAGGGGGGUGUUAGAAGAUUUGUUACGGGUGGAAGUGAUAAUCUUUUGAGGGUUUGGGCGUGGGAUCAGGCUAGUUUGAGUUAUAAGGUUGAAGGGGCUCCAUUGCAGGGGCAUGGGGAUUGGGUAAGAGAUGUCGCGUGGAGUCCUACGGUUUUACAAAAGAGUUACAUAGCAUCCGCCUCCCAAGACAAAACCGUCCGCAUCUGGACCUCCACCGCGGCCUCGACCCCGGGGCAAUGGGAAUCCAAAGUGCUACAAUUCGAACGGGAAGUCUGGCGCGUAUCAUGGAGUUUAAGCGGGAAUGUAUUGGCGGUUAGUGGAGGAGAUAAUAAAGUUUCUUUGUGGAAGGAAAAUUUGAGGGGAGCAUGGGAGUGCGUUAAGGAGAUUGAGGAAUAG